AUGGUAGACCUCACACUAGACCCUACAAAAUGGGCUGAUGCCGUUGAAUCCUCUCCCGAGUGCCUGCUCUCCGCAGGGUCAGCAAGGAAUGUCGAAACCGUGCUGUCAAAGGCAAUGACACGGCGGCAUCAGAAAAUGUUGCUUAAGGCCGUGGAGCCCUUUGUAGGAAAGAUGAUUGAGGAUGCCGCCGGAAUUUCAAUCUUGACUUCUCUUGUGAAGUAUGGUACAGUCGAGACUGUUAACGCCAUCGCAAAGAUAGUUCUGCGUUGCUGUGAUAAGAUCCUUAAGGGACAGGCCACACCGACCGAGACGUGUGAGUUCCCUCUUGGAACUCUCCUGGAGCGCGUCGUUUACCGUGAGGAUUGCAGCGGUGAGGAGAGGUUGAGCUUCAUAACCGCUUUGAAAUCACUGAAGCACCCGCUUCUAAUGGGAAGGCCGGUUUUCUUGUUGGCCACAGCUCGACUUAUUAUUAUUGACAUGGAAUUUGCCGUAUCGAUCUGUUCUAGUCCCAAGGCACAAGAAGCGUUCCUUCAGAUCUCAUCGUCACCUUCGAAAAAAGGCUUUGUGACGAGUUUCUGUGAGGUUAUACUAUCUGGUGAUGCGCUGAAAAACAGUGAGCUGAGGGAUUUAUGUUCCUCCUUUGUAUUCACUUCUAUUUCAAGUCUGUAUGCACCGAAUGUGGCGUCGCGUCCACACAAACAGAUUUCAAUGCUUUUGGCUUCAUGUGGAAGCGCUGUCGUUACCCAGGACAUGGUGAAACGUAUUUCGGUCUGGCCUGAUAUUCGCGCUCGUGCAAAGAACGAAGACUACGCUAAAAUAAUAGCUCUUCUUUUAACGCAGCUGCAGGAUGCCAGUGAUGGUGCCACCUUGGUUACGGUGAUAUUUCAAUCAAAGGAAGAUUUUGAUGAAAUCGCGGCCUCCCGGAAGACUUCACACCUGCAGCUGCUCGCUGCCAUUGCCGAGAAUCCGGCGUACGUGAAAGCGUUGACUAAGGCGCUGGGCGAGUCCCGGGAAAAGGCGCUUGUUGCCGCAGCUGUGCGGUACAGAAAUGCCACUAUGCCAAGAGCUCUUGCAACGAAGGAGAGUCUUCUUCAACGACUCAAGAAAGUGCGAACAGCCUCGGAGACCAAUGAUAAUGCGAGUAAAAAACUAAAGAGGCGUCGUCAGUAA